UCUUUUUUAUUAUCAAUGGAGUCUCUCUCCAGAUUCCUCUCCGCCUCCCCGCCAUUACUAAACCCUUCCAAAACCCCCAAAUCAGCCUCCAGAUCACACAUUUUCCUCGCGAAUUGCUUACCCAUCUCCAAUUCCAAACUUAUUCCCCUCAAUUCUCUUCAAACCACCGAAACCCUAACCCCAAAUCACCAUUCCAAAACCACUUCAAUUUCGUCCGAUGGUUUCCGAAAAAAUCUCUCCUUUCUCAUCAAACCCAACUUCUCUCUCCUCCUCCUUGGAUUCUCUGCCCCACUCUCUUGCUUCGCCUCCGAGACCGCCGCCGCUGGAGAAGUGUCCAACAGAAUUAAUUUGGAAUCCAUUUUGGUCUCCAUUGAUGAGUUCUUCACCCGGUACCCUUUUUUUGUUGCGACGGUCACCUUCGUUUGGCUGGUUGCGAUCCCUUUGACGGAGGAGUAUUUGCAGAAGUACAAAGUCAUCUCCGCCAUUAAUGCAUUCAACAAGCUAAGGGAUGACCCAACUUCUCAGUUGUUGGAUAUAAGGGACAGUAAAAUCUUAGCUUCUUUAGGUUCGCCCAAUUUGAAAUUCUUGAAUAAGAAAACGGUGCAGGUCGAAUUUCGAGAAGGAGACGAAGAGGGUUUUGUGAAGAGGGUUUUGCAGAAUUUUCGGGAGCCAGCUAAUACUUCUGUUUGUAUUAUAGACAAUUUUGAUGGUAACUCUUUCAAGGUGGCCGAGCUAUUGGUGAAAAAUGGUUUUAAAGAGGCCUACGCUAUUCGCGGAGGGGUCAGGGGCAAAAAAGGAUGGCAGGAGAUACAAGAGACACUCCUACCUCCAUCUGUGCAUAUCUAUCCAAAGGAGAAGGCCAACAAGCCGAAACAACUUGAUUCAAAUGGAGGAAUUACGCCAAAAGUCGCGGGUAAUGAUGACUUGCCUUUGUAUACGGACCGUCUCACUACUAAUAACACCACUCAAGAAAUCAUCAAGAAUGAAGAUAUUAGUUCCGUUAGUCCCACUAUCCAAUCAAAAGGUGGUCAAAGGCCCCAGUCUCCUUACCCCAAUUACCCGAAUUUGAAACCUCCAUCUUCCCCAACUCCAUCAAAGCCGAAUUGAUGUGAACUUGGUUGCUCUAUAGCAUCUUGUUGUCCAGGAGGAAAAGAAAGAAAGAGUACAAAUUAGAGUCCUGAUUUUUGGUUUGUUCCUAACGAGUAAUUAUUUUUUUGUUGAGGCAAUAAUAAUUAUUAAAGGUUUCUUGUAAUUUUUUUAACCAGUGUAUUUAUUCUUUGGUGCUUCCACUAUUUCAACUUUAAUAAUUGUUCUCAGUUUCUUGAUUAA